AUGGAUACCAUCUUGGUUUUCAGCCUAAUCAUUACAUCCUAUGAUGCUACCAAGAGAGAACUUAGGAAUAGCAGCUGCCAAGUGGAACCACUGCCCGAUCUCUUCCCAAAGGAUGUGAGGAGCAUCAGAGCUGAACUAAUUCGAGAUGCUCAGGCCAAAGCCAAAAGGCCCACGUUCAUUCAAAACCAGACCGUGGCUACCUUGCAGUGUCUUGGUUCUGGGAGCAAAGUGAAAGUUAACCUUGUACAUUCAGAAAAAAGGCAAAAGGUCAAGCACAUUCUGAAGAACCUGAGAGUCAUGACUGUCUCCUGCAGAAACAGCACAGCCCCCCCAAGCUGUCACCUAACCCCCGCAUCCAAGGUUCAGGCUGGAUUCCUUGUGACAGGCAAAGCUUUUUUACCUGGGGUCUCUCAAUGUAAGGUCUAUCCAGUGAUGGGGGCUUCAUCAGAGACUUAUCCCUCCACUACUACCUCCAAAACUCCUGGGAAAAAAGGAGAGAAAACUACAACGAUUGAUGGUUUUUCUAGUCCUCUGAAUCAAGACACAGAUGAGAACCUAGAGAAGAGGAAGAAAUGGAGCAUCGUGGUCAAGGUUCUGAUUGCAGUCACCUUGUUUGGCAGUGGAAUCGCCAUUACCGUGUUCGUCAUUUUUGAAGUCCCGUGCCCUAGUCGAUGUCAACGAGUCAGAGAGCUAUGCCAGUGCCAGCGGUUGUGGAGAAGGACAAGGAAGGAAGACCAGCAACCUGGGACAGCUGAACCCCAGCCUGACACUCAGCCCAAAGAGGAAAGUGUUGGACAAGAUGCUCCCAAUUCAUCAAGUCCCAAGAAAGCUGUAGAGAUCACCGUGGUCCACCAGACAUACUUCUGA